AUGUCUGACAAUAAAGGAGACGAUGGAGCCGCUGGCUCUCCUCCGCCUGAAGAUCUAAGCUCGAAAAUCUCCCCGUUCGUCCUGAAGCUAAGGUCUGCUCCUCCUGGCUAUUUCUUCCAACCGGAAAGGCCACCACCUCAUAUAGAUUCAUUUGCUGCGCCCACUGGCCCUUAUUUCUUCUACGGUACCCUGUCUGAUCCCGCUAUGCUCCGAGAUGUCCUUGGCUUGGAAACCGAGCCACAACUUCGACCCGCCACUAUUAUAGGCUACGAAUGCAAGCUAUGGGGCCAGUAUCCAGCUCUUCUAGAUGCCCCAGCAAAGGCUGUUAAUGGUGCUGUCUAUCAUGUCAAGAUAGAAGAACAUGGCGAGAGGCUUGCCAGCUAUGAAACGGACAAUUAUCGGGCCGAUCCUUGUCGCAUCAACUAUAUCGACAGGAAUGAGCCCUUGGAUGACCUUGGUUAUGUUUUCAAAUUUGUCGGCAAUGUCAGAGACUUGAGUGACGGCACUUUUGACCUGGGGACUUGGCUAAGGAGGGUGAAGAGGGUAACUGAGGACCUAUCAGAUGCUAAGUAG